AUGACAACGAAGCAAUCAUCAUCAUCAUCACAGCAAUCAUCAUUCUCUGGUCAGACACUGGACUCACUUUCAAAGAUGGGAGUGUCAACUAUGAGUUCAAGAUCAGUCGAGGAGAAUGUUAUCAAUUCGAUCGAUCAGGCAAUCGCGCAAGAUCAGAUCAGAGAGCUUACAAAGAAGCUUAACAAGGUGCGCAAUGAGAUAUCAUCAAUACAAGACUUUAUCGAGAAGAACCAUGAUCAUAUAAAGGCCACUACCUUUGCACCCAAGUCUGCCAUCGAUCCUGAAGAGGUCAUCAACAGUUUGAUUGUGUUAAAGACUCUCAAGCAAAAGAGACUUGAUGAGCUUAAUGCUGAGGAGAGGAAGCUCAAUGGCCAAAAGAAGAAGUUGGAGGAGGAUCUGCAGAAGAUGGAGAGGCAGAAGAAGUACAAGCCAGCCAAUUCUGCAGAGUUCAAUGCGCCAAGCUCACUGGAUCGUGCCUUUGGGUUUGGUGGCCAGUCAAGGGAGAAUGAGAAAGAGAGGCUGAUAAGAAUGGGCAAGAUCACUCCAUUCGCAAAUGUACAACAGAGCAGGAAAGCAAUCGUUAUUCCAGUCAUGGACAAUACAAGUCAAGCUGGAGGUGGAGCAGGUGGUAGAUCAAGUCGGUUGGAUAGUGGUGGACGCUAUUCAUCAACGACGAGAAGAAGCAAGGGUCUCAAGCCUGGUGUCAACUCUGCCGCUGCAGAAGAGCGUCAUGAGAAGCGAAAGAAGUGGAUGGAGAAUGCCAACAAACAGCAUUCCAAAAAGUCAACAACAUUCUACGAUGAUCUCAAGAAUGAUGACAUUGUGCUGAGCGACGAGGAGGAGGAAGAGGAGAUCCAAGACGAAGAUGUUGUUGACGAGGCGAUGGAAGUAGACAACGAAGUGAAUGAGGAGAAUGACGAGAGUGCAAUCAAUGUUGACGGCAAUGAAGAUCCUGUUGAUGUUGAUGCCGAUGAUGAUGGAGGAGAAGAACAUGAAGAGGAUGACGAUGACGACGACGACGAAGUGAUGGAGGUCAAAGAUGACGAUGAAGAUUACAUAGACGAAGAAGAGGAAGAGGAGGAAGAGGAGGAGGAUAACCGGUCAAAGAAAAACAAGAAGAAGGAGAAGAUAUCAAUUGACAUACAUCAAGAGCUGUGGCGAGACGAUGCCAACGAGAGCAACUAUCAGGAUCGACUGUACCUUUGGAAGAAGGACAGAUUACGCAAACAAACAAACUACACCAACAAACUGCUGGGCAUCAGCAACAGACCAGUGACCACCUCAGCUCAGCAGCAACAACCACUGGACGAGAGUGAGAUGAGCCCAAUCACCACCUCCGAACACCUAGACGAGAACAUUGAUGUGGAGGACGAAGAUGCCAUUGUAAACCUGCUCAAUGAUAACUCACAAGGCGAGCUGGACGACAAACAAGAGAUUGAAAAUGAGCAGGUGCUCGAGGAGGAGGUGGCUGAGUUGGACAAGUCACUGGAGGAGCAGGACGACGAUGAUGAGUUUGGCGAGGACUUCCAAGUCGACGGCGACUUCAAGAUACCAUACGAGGUAUAUCACAGACUGUUCGAGUAUCAGGUCACCUGUGUCAAGUGGAUGUGGGAGCUGCACAACCAAGAGUGUGGUGGCAUCAUCGGAGAUGAGAUGGGCCUUGGCAAGACUGUCCAGAUCAUCUCAUUCCUGGCAUCACUUCACUACAGCAAGAUGCUUGGAGGCCCAGCACUCAUCAUUGCACCAGCGACAUUGCUCUCCAACUGGGUCAAGGAGAUACACACCUGGUGGCCUCCAUUCAGAGCCAUUCUCUAUCACUCCAGUGGCACAAGUAACAAGGACAAGAAGACAAUGAAGCAACUCAUUGAGACCGUGGCAUCCAAGGGUCACAUCCUGAUGACAACGUACGAGAGUGUUCGAAUCAAUCAAGAUACUCUACUCAAACAUCAUUGGGAGUACAUCAUCUUGGACGAGGGACACAAGAUACGCAAUCCCGAUGCCGACGUAACACUCUCGGUCAAGCAGUUCCCGACCAGCCAUCGAAUCAUCCUCUCUGGCUCACCCAUCCAGAACAAGCUCACUGAGCUCUGGUCGCUCUUUGACUUUGUGUUCCCUGGCAAGCUUGGCACACUGCCCAUCUUCAAGACGCAGUUCGCCGUGCCCAUCUCACUGGGAGGCUACGCCAAUGCCUCCACGCUGCAGGUGCAGACGGCCUAUCAAUGCGCCGUUGCUCUGCGCAACUUGAUAUCGCCCUACAUGCUCCGUCGUAUCAAGGCUGACGUGCUGCAGUCCCUGCCGUCCAAGAAUGAACAGGUUCUGCUCUGUCCUCUGACGCCAUUCCAAGAACGCGAGUACCUUAAGUUCUUGGCGAGCAAUGAGGCCACAGAUGUGCUGGAUGGCAAGAAGAACCUUCUCUACGCUAUCGACAUUCUCAAGAAGGUGUGCAAUCAUCCCGACAUCCUGCUAAAGGACGGUGAGGACAAGCCGUAUGAUUACGGCAAUGUGGAGCGAUCUGCCAAGCUCAAGGUGGUGCAGCAGAUUCUGCCCAUGUGGCAGCAACAAGGCCACAAGGUGUUGCUGUUCUGCCAGACCAGACAGAUGCUCGACAUUGUCGAGUCGUUCAUCGUCGAGUGUGGCCUCACCUAUCGAAGAAUGGAUGGCACUACGUCUGUCAAGACGAGACAGUCGUUGGUCGAGGAGUUUAAUCAAGAUCCGACUCUGUUCAUCUUCCUGCUCACGACCAAGGUUGGUGGAUUGGGAAUCAAUCUCACUGGCGCCAACCGUGUCAUUCUGUUCGAUCCCGAUUGGAACCCGUCCACCGACAUCCAGGCGAGGGAGCGUGUGUACCGUAUUGGCCAGCUCAAGUCCGUCACCAUCUACCGAUUGAUGACUACGGGCACGAUCGAGGAGAAGAUAUACCAUCGCCAGAUAUACAAGCAGUUCCUCUCGAACAAGAUCCUCAAGGAUCCACGUCAGAAGAGAUUCUUCAGGUCGCGCCACUUCAAAGAUCUCUUGUCCUACAACAAGGUGGUCAAGGGCUCAGAGACUGGCGAUAUCUUCAAUGGAACAAACUCAGAGAUCCUACCCGAGGACUUUGCUGCGAGCCAGCAGAGGAAGAGGGGCAACAGUGGUGUUGACAGUCCACCAGCCGCCGAUGCCGACAGUCCAACAUACCAGACGCGACCAUAUCAGCCAGGCGGAGGCAGCAACGACAACAACAACGACGAUGAGACCAAGGAGUCAGAGGAUGCAUAUAUUCUCAAACAUUUGUUUGAGAAGGAGGGAUUGAAGAGUGCUCUGAAGCAUGACAGCAUCAUGGAGCAAUCAGGACCCGAGGCUUCUUUGUUGGAGAACGAGGCAACCAAGAUUGCCAACAAGGCUGUGGAGCUCAUCAAGUUGUCGAGGGCCAAGAUCGAGUCACAAGGCAAUCGACUGUCGACUCCAACAUGGACAGGACGAUCGGGCACAUCGGGCAUCCCUUCGACCUUGGCUGGGCACCCACUCGAGGGUCUCAUUGCCAGUCCUCCACCAGCAACAACAGGUGGUAGAUUCGGAAACAAGAACAAGGCUAUCUAUACCCCAGCAUCUCCAACACUCCAGCCCAUCGUGUCGAUCAUACCGGACAACAAGAUGAACAACAACAACAAACCACUGGUGGGUCAAGCCGGCAAGGCCAGUCUGGACUCCUCUGCAAUCCUCUCCACACUGCAACAAUCGGAUAUCGAGAAGGCAUCCGAGAUGUUUGGUGGAAUCAAGCCGUCGGACAUCAUCAAGAACAUCUUUGAUUUCCUCAUGAGCAAAGGCGGCAACUCAACUACACAGGCCAUCAUUGAUCACUUUGCGCUCUCGAUAUCAGCUGACCAAGCUCCCUUGUUCCGCAGCCUUCUGAAGAGUGUAGCAGUGUUUAGCAAAACCCUCAAGCUCUGGACGAUCAAGCCAGACCUCUAA